GCUGCGCUGUCCUAGCUGUGAUCUAGAUCUACCAAUUUAGCCACGUCCAGUGCAGACAUAUAUCUAGAUCUAAUCAUCUUAAAAAAGAAACAUGGCCAACCUAAAGUUAGAGCCUGGAAGAACAGGAACUACUCAUGUACAUUUUUUGUGCCAGAGAUGCAAUCUCCCAUUAAAAAUAGAUUCAAGCUUCAGUGAUAUGUCACGAGACCUUUAUAAAGAAUUAACAGAACCUCUAGUGUUGUCUUCAGACAUGGAAGAAAGUAUACAAAUCAUUCGCCCUGAACAUGACCUUGCUUAUGAAGAGAAUGAUGAUUACAUUAGAGCAUAUGUACCAAGAGGAGGAUUUGAAGAGUCCAACGACUUCACUCUGGUUGGCAAUCUCGGACCAGGAAGUAUGGACACUUUAAGUAUACGAGCCAGGGUUACUGGUCAUCUGUUUGAUUUAAUGUCUGGAGCCUCUGAAAUAGACCACCCUUUGUGUGAGGAAUGUACUGACCAUCUUUUGGACAGCCUUGAUCACCAGUUGAAACUAGUUGAAGAUGAGAGUAAAGAAUACAGAGAAUUCUUAGAGAAACUUGGCGAGACUGAAGAUGAGUACAAUGACACCGAGCUGGAUGAUGAGCUCAGACAGUUGUUAGAUGAAGAGAGACAACUCAUGCAGGAACUAGAGCUAGCUGAAAGAGAAAGAAAGAAGAUUGCUGAGGCCAUGGCGAUAGAGAAGCAGAAAGCCAAAAAACUUGACGAGGAUGAGGAGAUCUACUGGCAAGAAUACAAUGAUCAGUGUAGAAUAGCCAGUGAACUAGAGGACGAGCAGAGAAGUGUUGAUAAUCAACUCAAGUAUGCCCAGGCUCAGUUAGACAGACUCAAGAAAACCAACGUCUUCAAUGCAACAUUCCAUAUAUGGCAUGAUGGUGAAUUUGGUACAAUCAAUGACUUUAGAUUAGGCAGAUUACCUGGCAUUGCAGUUGAAUGGAUAGAGAUCAACACAGCUUGGGGCCAGGUUGUCUUAUUGCUGGUGUCAUUGGCCAACAAGAUUGGGCUCAAGUUUAAAAAAUAUCGCCCAGUACCCUAUGGGAAUCAUUCCUAUAUUGAAGUUCUUGAUGAGAAGAAGGAACUGCCCUUAUAUGGAUCAGGUGGGAUCCGCUUCUUAUGGGACACUAAAUUUGAUUCAGCUAUGGUUGCCUUUUUAGAAUGCUUACAGCAGUUUCGUGAUGAGGUUGAAAAAGAAGAUUCCAGUUUUAAUCUCCCUUAUAAAAUGAGUAAAGGGAAAAUCUAUGAAGGUGAAAAAAACCAGUACUCCAUCAAGAUGCAGUUCAAUUCUGAAGAACAGUGGACCAAAGCGCUGAAAUACAUGCUGACCAACUUGAAAUGGGCUCUAGCAUGGCUGUCUGCGAGAAAAAGUCUGGGAGAUUGACAAGGACAUGUUAGUAGCAGCAGACCUUGUUUAGGUCUCUUUCCCCUCAAUAUUUUGUGCUUCAAGUCAAACAAAUGAUAUUGUCUCCUUACCCCAGUACUUACAUCCUAACAUAUAAUUUAAAUAUAUCUGGCCUACUUAUGCAUGUUCCUGGCUAGUUCAUAGACAAUUAUGCAUGUUCCCGGCCUACUCCUGGUUAGUUCAUUGACAAUUAUACAUGUUCCCGGCCUACUCCUGGCUAGUUCAUUGACAAUUAUACAUGUUCCUUUUUUUAAUCCAUCUAUGUGAUAAAUUUAGGCAUUUAUUUAAUUUAUUAUAGAAACAGUAAAAAUGGGUCUAUGGUGGUGGAGCAGUACUCAGUGCUAACUUCCAACUUUUACUGGCCCUGCAUUCUGUUAGUGUGGAACAGAAUUAUGAACUACUAUCUACACUGAUAGUUGAUGCAUGUAUAUAUUUAUAUUAAUUUAAAAAAAACCCAUUAAAAUAAAUUAUCACAUUGUUCUGUCUAAAGAACUUGGUAAUAGUUUUGAAUUUAUGAUUGAUAAUAUUUGGAAUGACACUUUCUUUUUAUUGAUAGCAUUUCUUUUGUACAGUUGGACAUUUUCAGCAGCAUCUUAAUGUCUUCAUUAAUGAGAAUUGUUUCCUAGACUAUACAGUGCUGUAAUAUACUAUAUUAUGUGUUGAGUGUGUGAGAGAACAUAACUGUUAUGAGAGACUUUUUUUUUUUUAGUGUCUUCUUGUCCCAUGCAGGUCAUAGUGUGUAUAUAUCAUUUUUUUAAACAUGAUAUGGGAUUCAUUUUUAAACUGUUCUGUUAGCUCUCUGAGGCUGGCAUGUUUGUGUAUUUUGUAAGCAUAUAAGAGGCAGCACAAUUGAAGGCUUGAAGAAUAUUGCUCAAUUAUGAAAGGACAUGUGGAGUAUGUAUUACUUUGUAAAUAUGAUAUCAAGUAUUUGGAGAUUGACUCUAAAUGAGUUGUUUAAAUUAUAUUUUGUUAGUCAGCAAACCUUGUUGAUUUGACUAACCAGCACAGUAAGUUGAGAAACCCAUAUACCUCCUUGUACAGAAUACAGACCGAAAUUGUGAUGCAAAUUAUGCUAUGACUAUUUCAUGUAGAUGUCAUUUUAAGAGGAGGCUGUGGAAGUGUGAUGGUCAAAUUGCUUGGAAGUUAAAGGUUGUGACACAGUAUUUCUUGGUGAAAGUAAUUCCAGUUGGUCACUGUGCUGGCCAUGCAAUUACCCUUGUAAUUAUUGGACCUCACAAGUAGGAGCUUACUGGUCUAAUAAUUCACCUUUAGUUGGGGUGUUUUGUUUGGAUAAUGUUUUACAUGUUCCUUCAGAGUUGAAGAUAAUCUACUUCCUAGUACUAAUCUCCCCUGGGAUGACAGGGGGGGUCGCAGUGGGCAGGCUUUGAACCAGGGACCAUUGAGACGACCAAACGACAGUCCAGCAUGCAUACUGAACUUCCAAGCAGCCAUCCUGCCUGUUGACGAGCUAAGUGUUAGCUGCUUAUGAAUUCUUAACCAAAUUAAUUGAAAACUUCAUCUUCAUUGUUAGUUUUGUUAAGCUAUAUCUUGUUGUACAUAAUGAUUUUCAUGUACUAAGUUUUUACUAAAAUUCUUCAAAGUUUGUAAAUAGUUCAAAGCAAUUCAAAUCUUAUUGAAUUUCAAGAAACAAAAUUUGAUCUCAUCUAGAACCAAACUAACCUAAAAAACGUAUCAAAAUGUUUGAUAUUUUAAUAUUGCCACCCCCUUUAGCUGAAAGAGGUCUUAGUGAUAACUGAUUGGUUUGCACUUGAGUCUGUCCUUAAUAAUGAUCCUGUGAUUAAAAUCAUACCCUCUCAGUCCCUCUGUUAUUAUUAUUAGAUGAAGAUUUCUGCACUUAAUUAAAGUGGAACAUUAUUGUAUGCUGAAAGCAAAUUUUCUUUUUCUAUAAUCUUAGUUGUUUUUUUAAAGUAGUUAUACACUUGGGUACUAAUGUUAUGAAAUUUGUUCAAAUUCACAUUGAUUGGGAAAAAGAUGUCCAGGAUCCAAUAUCAAACUUACUGUUUGGUUAGUAAAGAUCAACUGAAAACAUUUGUUUAGGUACACCACAACACAAGAGCAAAUUUAGCCUUGACCAGUGAACUUGUGUCAAUAUUUCUGCAUUUUAUUUGAUAACUGGAAAUGAAUGUGUUGUAGAAAUAUUCUAGUCUUUCAUUGACUUGUAUGUUUAAAGUUUGAAAAUAAAAUCUUACUGUAUACCA